AUGGAGGUCUUCCAAAGCUUCGGACGAGGCGAGCGCGUCGACCCAGAGGCGUUGCAUGAGAUGACGCAGACGGCUGGCCACAUGGACCAGGACCUGAUGCAGGUCCGGGGCCGUGUGGAAGAUUUCGCUUCAGACCCUGAGCUCCUCGCCAAAGUCAUCCAGGGCAACUCCCUGAUCCAGCAGCUGGCUGCUAUGAACCCGAUGGCCGCUCAAGUCAUCAACAGCCCGGAGGCCUUGCAGAAGAUUUUCAGCCCGGAGAUGUUGGACGUGCUGAAAGAGGGCCGGAAGCCGGGAGAGGCUAUGAUCGAGUCCAUCCUUGGUUCUUCGCAGGCGUACGAGUAG